AUGAAAGGCUUCCUUGGCCUGACGCUGCUCCCGCUGCUUGUAUCUGCAUCGCCCACCUGGACAGAAUCCAUCCACAAUGGAGCAGCUCCCAUCCUUUCCUCCGUGGGGGCUCAGGAAAUUCCGGACUCCUACAUCGUCGUAUUUAAGAAGCACGUCGGUUCUUCCGCCGCGGCCGCUCAUCACAGCUGGGUGCAGGACAUCCACACCGACAACGCACGGAUGGAGCUGAAAAAGCGCUCACUCUUCGGCUUCGAUAAUGACCCUUACCUGGGCAUGAAGCAUACUUUCAACGUAGCUGGCUCGCUGAUGGGUUAUGCCGGCCACUUCCACGAAGAUGUCAUUGAGCAGGUUCGCAGGCAUCCGGAUGUCGAGUAUAUUGAGAAGGACUCCGAAGUCCACCAUUUCGAGGACCCGGCCAUCGAGAAGAACGCUCCUUGGGGUCUGGCCCGUAUCUCCCACCGUGAUAGCCUCUCCUUUGGUAGCUUCAACAAAUACCUCUAUGCCGAGGAUGGCGGUGAGGGUGUCGAUGCCUACGUGAUCGACACCGGUACCAACACCAACCACGUUGACUUCGAGGGCCGUGCCAACUGGGGUAAGACCAUCCCGCAGGGCGACGAGGAUGAGGACGGCAACGGCCAUGGUACUCACUGCUCGGGUACUAUCGCCGGUAAGAAGUACGGUGUUGCCAAGAAGGCCAAUGUCUACGCUGUCAAGGUCCUGCGCUCCAACGGCUCUGGCACCAUGUCGGAUGUCGUCAAGGGUGUUGAGUGGGCCGCCGAGGCUCACAUCAAGAAGUCCAAGGCCGCCAAGGACGGCAAGGUCAAGGGCUUCAAGGGCAGCGUUGCCAACAUGUCUCUGGGUGGCGGUAGCUCGCGCACUCUCGACCUCGCUGUGAAUGCCGCUGUCGAUGUUGGUAUGCACUUCGCUGUUGCUGCUGGUAAUGACAACGCCGAUGCCUGCAACUACUCCCCCGCUGCCGCUGAGAACGCCGUCACUGUCGGUGCCUCCACCCUCUCUGAUGAGCGUGCAUACUUCUCCAACUUCGGCAAGUGCACUGACAUCUUCGCCCCUGGUUUGAAUAUCCUCUCCACCUGGAUUGGCAGCAAGUAUGCUGUCAACACCAUCUCUGGAACUUCCAUGGCCUCUCCCCACAUCGCUGGUCUGCUGGCCUACUACGUCUCUCUCCAGCCCGCAUCCGACUCUUCCUUCGCUGUUGAGGAGAUUACCCCCAAGAAACUGAAGAACGCUCUCAUCACCGUCGCUACCCAGGGCGUCCUUACUGACAUUCCCUCCGACACCCCUAACCUUCUGGCCUGGAAUGGCGGUGGUUCCUCCAACUACACCGAGAUUCUCGCCAAGGGUGGCUACAAGGCCGGGGCCACCAGUGCCGUCAAGGACCGCCUCGACGAGCUUGUCAGCCAGGUCGAGGAAGUCCUGGCUAAGGAGCAGAAGGUUCUGAGCCACGAGCUCGGUGCCAUCUACAGCGAGAUCAAGGACGCUGUUAGCGCUUAG